GGUCGCCCCCAACCCCACACAGCACCUUUCAUCCAUCCUCUUCUUCCCCUUCCCUUUCUCUGCACUCGAUCUUCCUAGUUGCUGUUGUCGUUGUGUUUAUUUUCUUUAAAAACAUCGAGUGCCGGAGCACACCCUAGCUAUCCUCUCCAUAUAUCCCUUCUUGUUUCCGUUCUUAUUUUAAAAUUUUCCCACUUUCAUAAAAUAAACAAAAGCAGAAAAACCACAAACAGUUUUUAAUUUGCUUCCCAGUUUCAUAAAUUAAUUUUAUAUAAAAAAUAUUUUUAAUAUUUUCUUCCUUGUUUUCUGUUUUUCUUUUGAUGUGCCCAUGGCCGGUUUGGAUUUAGGCUCAGUUCCUCGCUACGUUCACCAGCUUCACAGGCAAGACUUGCACCUCCAACAACAACAACAACAACAACAACAGCAAACCGAUUCUGAAGACGAUGCGGUAGUCAAAAGGUCAACGGGCCAGUUCUCAGGAGAUGACCAUCAUCAGGGUGGCCUCGACCUCGGAGGCAUCAACGGCGGGUCAGGAGACAUCGUGGCUCGUCGUCCUCGAGGCCGUCCACCUGGAUCCAAAAACAAGCCAAAACCACCAGUCAUCAUCACAAGAGAGAGUGCAAACACUCUCAGAGCACAUAUUCUGGAGGUAGGCAACGGCUGCGACGUCUUUGACUGCGUCGCCACGUAUGCUAGGCGCCGCCAGCGUGGGAUCUGUAUUUUGAGCGGAAGUGGCACCGUCACUAAUGUGACCUUGCGGCAGCCGGCCGCAGCAGGGGCCGUAGUAACACUUCAUGGACGGUUUGAGAUUUUAUCCCUUUCAGGGUCAUUUUUACCACCUCCUGCCCCACCCGGGGCCACAAGCUUGACCAUAUUCUUGGCCGGCGGGCAGGGGCAGGUUGUCGGGGGCAGCGUUGUCGGGGAGUUGACCGCGGCAGGGCCCGUUAUUGUGAUCGCCUCAUCCUUUACUAAUGUUGCUUAUGAGAGGCUGCCUUUGGAUGAAGAGGAACAGUUGCAAGUACAGGUCCCACAGGGAUCCGGGGGAAGUGGCGGCGGCGGCGGUGGUGGUAGUGUUGGAAACAACCCUUUUCCUGACCCGUCCUCGGGGCUUCCAUUCUUCAAUUUGCCAUUGAAUAUGCAGAAUGUUCAGUUGCCAAUCGAUGGGUGGGCUGGAAAUGGAAAUAACUCAGGGGGUCGUCCACCAUUCUGAUUUUCUGUGGGAUCAUCAUCGAUGUUGACUUUUAGAACCUUAAUCAAUUUAGAUUCGAAGCUGCUUCUGCGUGCGUUGUGGGAGGUUAAGUGCAUACUGGAUGAGAUGAGCUUUGUUGGAGAUAAAGGUUAGCAAAUUUCAUGGACUAGGUAUCAUCGUUAACAUCACGCCCAUGUUUUGCAACUUAAUUUGGUCUUGUUGGUUCUACCUAGUACCACUUCUCAUGUUUAAUUUUUAUUUAUUUUUCUUUUCUGAACCCCUUUGUUGUUUUUGUUCUUCGUCUUGUUCCUCCUCUUCUUUUCCUUAUGUCUUUUGUUUCAAUGGAUUUUCGAUCGGUCUCUUGGAUUCAUGGAAAUAGUCUUCUGAGUUUAUCAUGAUUAUGGAAUA